AAUCAGUUAGUGUUUCUUCGUUUUGAUUGGCCACCGUUCUUCUGGCUCCGGGAUGAUGGUCGCAUCUUUUUGAUGUGCUUUUAUUUUUUCCGUGUUAGUCCGGGUCUAUUUUGUCUACACCGUGAUGUCCGUCAUCUGUCUGCUUCCAGCCGUCUCGCUGGCGUUGCUGUCUUUUUAUCCGGUCACCGUGUUUUCACGCCGGGACGUGCUCGAGCUCGGGGACGCAGACUUCGACUACCUGGCAACGGAGCACGAGACCAUGCUGGUGAAGUUCUACGCGCCAUGGUGUGGUCACUGCAAGAAAUUAGCUCCAGAGUUUCAGAAAGCAGCUAGGCGACUGAAGGGGACUGUUCAGUUCGCAAAGGUGGACUGUACAGCACACACCGUAACCUGUGGUCGAUUUGGGGUCACGGGGUAUCCCACUCUGAAGAUCUUCAGGUACGGAAAGGACUCUGCACCCUAUGAUGGACCUCGAACUGCAAAUGGAAUCUAUAACUACAUGAUGAAACAAACUGGUCCAGACUCGGUUCAUUUAAAGUCUAAAGGAGACCUCCAGACCUUUGUCAAAAACUACGACGCAAGCAUUGUUGGUGUUUUCUCAGAUAGUGACAGCUCCCAUCUAGCUGAGUUCCUGAAAGCUGCUGGUCUGUUGAGAGGACAGUUCAGAUUUGCUCACAUCACUGAUCUGCAAAUUGCUGAGGAGCAUGCUAACGCUGAGAGUGUGUUGCUGUUCAGACCUCCUAGACUGUCCAACACUUUUGAGGGCAGUGUCGUUGUCUUCAAAGAUUACCUGACUAUUAGCUCCCUGAGACGCUUCAUCAGAGAUCACAUAUAUGGAAUGUGUCCUCACAUGACGCUGGAGACCCGAGAUCGUCUGAGAGUUCGUGACCUCUUGACGGCGUAUUAUGACUUGGAUUAUCAUCACAACGUUAGAGGGUCCAACUACUGGAGGAACAGGGUGAUGAAGGUGGCAUCUAAAUACACUGGGCGUGGUUUAAUGUUCUCAGUAGCCAAUAAAAAGGACUUCCAAGCUGAGCUGGAGGACGAAUAUGGUCUGGGAACAUCAGAUGGAGGAGAGCUCCCGUUUGUCACAAUCCGGACCAAACUGGGACACAAAUAUGUCAUGAGGGAAGAAUUCACGAGGGAUGGUCAGUCACUGGGGAGGUUCCUUGAAGAUUAUUUUGCCGGUCGUCUCAAACGUUACAUAAAAUCAGAACCUUUACCUGAGAAAAACACGGCUCCUGUUAAGGUGGUUGUCGCAGAAUCAUUUGAUGAAAUCGUGAACGAUCCUGCUAAAGAUGUUCUGAUUCAGUUUUUUUCCCCGCUAUGUCCACACUGCAAGAAGCUGGAGCCGGUCUACAGAGAGCUGGCUGACACGUUGCAUUCUGACCCAAACAUUGUCAUUGCCAAGAUGAACGCCGUCUAUAAUGACAUCCCACUGGGAUACGAUGUCCAAGGGUUUCCAACCAUCUAUUUUGCUCCAGUGGGUAAAAAGGAUGAGCCCAUUCGAUACCAGGGCACUCGAGAGCUCAAAGACUUCCUAAAGUUCCUGAAGAGUGAGGCGAGUCAUGGUCUGGUGCUGACUGGGUUUAAGGACGAACUGUGACAAAGAUUCACCUACUGAUCAGAACUGACUUUGAUUAACAAAAAGAUCAAGUCUUGUAACAGCUACACAGACAUGAAUGGGCAGCAAGAGCUCUGCUCCUGGUGACACACCAGAAACAACAAAUCAGGACAUGGUCCACCCAUUUUUGUUUCUACCAAUCAGAUUCUUUCCAUACUCCCCUCUAAAACCAUGUCCUUGCUGAAUAGAACUAUUUAUAUAUCUAUUCAUUUAUAAAGCCAUUUCAUGUGCAAUUCUUUGUUUUUUUAUUCCAGAAAACUAAAUGCAUUUUGAUAUAAUACCAUCUGUGCAGUUUGUAUUUGGUGCUGUGUUUAGUUUUUAUUUAUUUAUUUAUUUAUUUAUUUAUUGACUUAAUUACUUAUACUUUGGCAGUCUUUGGUUAUUUUGUGAGCUUUGUUAUGUUGAGAAGCUCUGCUGAGAUUAUGUAAUAAAACCAUGCUUGACAACUGACUGUUAAUUAAAUUCUCAUGAAUUAA